AAUAAGAGAAUAUAUAAUAUCCCGUUACAGCAGUAGCUUUGUAGAGACGUUUUAUAUUUUGGGAUAGGUAUGUUGAUAGGUUUUGUGUACACGUUACAAGGCAGUCCGCUGCGUUACUAUGGCAACUCAGGUCGGUUUGCCUAAGAGGCCGGCAAGCUUUGGGUUGCUAUAGUAACUCGGCCCCGCGUGUGACAGGUUCCAAGAUGGCGCUUCCAAGCUGGCUGGAGAGUCUGAAGGCUGCGCAGAAAACGUGCAUUUUACAGGAUGGAAGAAGAAAAGUUCAUUAUUUGUUUUCUGAUGGCAAAGAAAUGGCAGAGGAGUAUGAUGCAAAGUCCCACGAACUACUGGUUAGGAAAUGGAGACAGAAGUCUGCCUUGGGAGCAUAUGGUCAGUGGCAGAUUGAGGUCGGUGAUCCACCACUGCCAGUUGCUGGAACUAUUCAGUCUGAUUUUCUAAAGGAGAGCAGCUCAAAUCCCACUUUCACAAGGAAAGACACAAAGAGCAGCUUCCAAUGGAGAAUCCGUAACCUGCCCUAUGCAAAAGAAGUGUAUAGUGUUACUGUGGAUAAAAAGGACCGCUGCUGUAUUAUACGGACUACAAACAAAAAGUACUAUAAAAAGUUUUCAAUUCCUGACCUGGACAGAUGCCAGCUUGACCUGAAUGAAAAUGCCCUAAGUUUUGCCCAUGCAAAUAACACAUUAAUUGUAACAUAUCAGAAGCCCAAGGAAAUCUUGUCUCUAGAAGAAGAGCUACAAAGAGAACUGAAAUCUCUGAAGACAACUAAUGAAGGGGAUGUAGAGUGUAAAACUCAGUGACUGUACAGAACUCUAUGCUGUUUAUGUAGGAUUGUAAAUGGAGAAGAUAUAUAUAUAUAUAUAUGUGUGUGUGUGAUGUAUUGAAUAAAACCACAUCCUUUCUAUUGG